AUGGCGCCUUUGACACCCGAAUCACCCUACACAGCACCUACACCAGAAAUUCCUGAGAAGGCGGAAACUACAAAGAAAUUCAAGCCGGCACCAAUCUUGAAAGAGCCAACAGCAGAACCUGCCACUCCCAAACUUGCUGAGGAGACCACGAAGGAGCUCUUGACAGUACCAACGACGCCGUGUCCCGUGGAUGAGCAUACGACGGCACCUGUAACACAGGAAUCCACCACCAUGGCGCCUUUGACACCAUCCACGGCACCUAAUGUAAAAGAGCCCUUGUCAGCACCUACAUCGGAAAGUCCUGAGAAGGCAAAACCUACAGAGGGAUUCACGCCGGCACCAAUCGUGAAAGAACCAACCGCAGAACCUGCCGCUCCCAAACCUGCUGAGGAGACCACAAAAGAGCCCUUGACAGCACCAGCGACGCCGUGCCCCGUGGAUGAGCCUACGAUAGACCCUGUAGCACCAGAAUUCACCAGGCCUAUGACACCCGAAUCACCCUCCACAGCACUUAAUGUACAAGAGCCCUCUUCAGUACCUACCCUGAAUGAGUCUUUGACGGCAUUAAUAACCAGCGCGGAGUCUACAUCAAAGCUUGCAACAGCACUUUUGACGCCAGAGUCAACGGAGGGACUUGCAACGCCUUGUCCGUCGGAGAAUUUUACGCCGACACCUUUGAGGGAGCCCAAUAAGGAGAACACAACUGCGUCUGCAAUGCAUGAGUUGCAAGAGGAAGUCACUUCGGCAUCAAUUUAG